AUGAUACAGCUCGAAGAGAGAGAUAUUCCGGUUAUCCCCGGCAACAGACUAGAAGAAGUGGAGGCGCGGGAGCUACGCCUAAUGGUGUCGGAAUUGUUGGGAAGACGAGCCACGGGGUUUCCAGGCUCACAGCCGGUUUCGUUUGAACGGAAGCAUCUCGAAGAGACGUUGAUGCAAAAGGACUAUUUUGUAUGUGAAAAGUCCGACGGUUUGAGGUGUCUCCUUUUUCUAAUCCACGAUCAGCAAAAGGGCGAAGGUGUGUUUUUGAUCACCCGUGAAAACGAUUACUACUACAUUCCCAACAUCCAUUUCCCGCUCACUGUGAAUGAAACUGCCGAUAACGUGUCCUACCAUCAUGGCACUUUGCUAGACGGAGAGCUCGUGUUGGAAAAUCGAAACGUCAGCGAGCCCGUGUUGAGGUAUUGUAUCUUUGAUGCCUUGGCCAUCAACGGCAAGUGCAUCAUUGACCGCCACCUUCCGAAAAGAUUGGGAUAUAUAACGGAGAAUAUCAUGAGACCAUUUGACAAUUUCAAAAAAACGAAUCCCGAAGUUGUCAACUCGCCAGAGUUCCCGUUCAAAGUUGGGUUCAAGAGCAUGUUGACCUCGUACCAUGCCGAUGACGUGUUGAACAAGAUGGAUCAGUUGUUCCACUCCUCGGAUGGAUUGAUAUACACUUGUGCUGAAACGCCGUAUGUGUUUGGUACUGACCAGACUUUGCUCAAGUGGAAACCAGCUGAGGAAAACACGGUUGAUUACCAAUUGGAGUUUGUCUUUAACAAAGUCCAGGAUCCAGACUUGGACGAGAGGGACCCUUCUUCGACUUACACCGACUACGAUUCGAAACCGGAUUUGAUCAAACUACGAGUGUGGCAGGGCUCCAACGUGCACACGGACUUUGCCCAACUAGAUCUCAGCGAUGAAGACUGGGAGAGGCUAAAGGCAUUGAACCAGCCUUUACAAGGGCGAAUAGCCGAGUGUCGACAGUCUACUUCCAAAAAGGGGCUAUGGGAUAUGCUUCGGUUCAGAAAUGACAAGAGCAGCGGCAACCAUGUCAGCGUGGUUGAAAAAAUAUUGAUUUCAAUUCAAGACGGGGUCCGCGAGCCCGAGGUUAUCGCGAAAUGUCCCGAGAUUCACAGGGCUUGGAAACAGCGAGAGCAGGACCGGAGGAACAAGCACCAUCUCAAUGGCGCCAAUCCCGCUCGCGCAUCGAACUCUGUUGACGAGCCCCUGUUGAAAAAAGUGAGGCCCGAAUAUAGGCGAGGCGAGGACCUGGCAUCCGCACAAGCACAACAAUCUGUAUCCCAGCGAUCUUUGAACCAACAGCCAAAUCAGCUCGAUGAGAUACCAUCGUACGUAGACAGCGAUGAUGAAUGA